CUCCCUCCCCGCCCCCCGGCGGCGGGAGAGCAGCCGGCGCGCCCGGAUCCCAGGAGCUGCCCGGCAGCGGGCCCGGCUGGGAGGGCGGUGCGCGGCGGCAGGACCGAGCCCCGCGCGGGGAACGGGCACCAUGGUGCUGUCGGUGCCCGUGAUCGCGCUGGGCGCCACGCUGGGCACGGCCACCAGCAUCCUCGCUCUGUGCGGGGUCACCUGCCUGUGCCGGCACAUGCAUCCCAAGAAGGGGGUGCUGCAGCGCGACCGGGACCCAGAUCCCGAGAAGGCGAGACCCGGCGUGCUCCGGUCCGCCCAACAGUUCAAUGUUAAAAAGUCCACGGAGCCCGUGCAGCCCCGAGCCCUCCUCAAGUUCCCAGACAUCUACGGACCCAGGCCAGCUGUCACAGCCCCGGAGGUCAUCAACUAUGCAGACUACACUCUGAGGACCACGGAGGAAUCCGCUGUCCCUGCCAGCCCCCAGGCCCCUAAGGACAGCCGCCUCAAGAGGCAGGUCACGGAGGAGCUGUUCAUCCUUCCUCAGAACGGUGUGGUUGAAGAUGUGUGUGUCAUGGAAACCUGGAACCCGGAGAAGGCCGCCAGCUGGAACCAAGCCCCCAAACUCCACUACCGUGUGGACUAUGACCGGCAGAAGGCAGAACUGUUUGUGACUCGUCUGGAAGCUGUGACCAGCGGCCACGAUGGAGGCUGUGACUGCUACGUGCAAGGCAGUGUGGCCAACAGGACCGGCACAGUGGAGGCCCAGACGGCGCUGAAGAAGCGGCAGCUGCACACCACCUGGGAGGAAGGCCUGGUGCUCCCCCUGGCGGAGGAGGAGCUCCCCACAGCCACGCUGCGCCUGACCUUGCGGACCUGCGACCGCUUCUCCCGCCACAGCGUGCUCGGGGAGCUCUGCCUGGGCCUGGAUGGGGCAUCUGGGCCUCUGGGGGCCGCCCAGUGGGGUGAGCUGAAGACUUCAGUUAAGGAGCUGUCUGCAGGAACUGGGGAGGUCCUUCUGUCCAUCAGCUAUCUCCCGGCUGCCAACCGCCUCCUGGUUGUGCUCAUUAAGGCCAAGAACCUCCACUCUAACCAGUCCAAGGCACUCCUGGGGAAGGAUGUCUCCGUCAAGGUGACCUUAAAGCACCAGGCACAGAAGCUGAAGAAGAAACAGACAAAACGGGCCAAGCACAAGAUCAACCCCGUAUGGAAUGAGAUGAUCAUGUUCGAGCUGCCCGACGAGCUGCUGCAGGCCUCCAGUGUGGAGCUGGAGGUGCUGGGCCAGGAUGAGGAGGGGCAAAGCUGUGCCCUUGGUCGCUGCAGCCUGGGCCUGCACGCCUCGGGUUCUGAGCGCAGCCACUGGGAGGAGAUGCUCAAGAACCCUCGCCGGCAGAUCGCCAUGUGGCACCAGCUGCAUCUGUAGGCAGCCGCCCGGGCUCCUCCCCUUCCAGGCCCCUCCCCGCCCCUCCAGCCCUGCUGUCCUCUGCAACGUCCUUUUUGUGCCCCAUCCUCAUUCUGACACCCAGGAGACAGAUGUGUUUGCAAAGGCUGGGACCCCAUGCCUCUCCUAGCACACUCGUCUUUCCAAAACAUGAGCAGGGCGGGGUGGGGCGGUGUGUGGAAACGGGACAUUCGGGUGGCACCGAGGAAAGUACGGUGCUCCUCUGUGCUAUUGCAGAGACACUUGUCAAAUACAGACCACAUGCAGUUUUGGCAGGUGGACUCAGGCCUGAUGCAGAGAACGCAUAACGUGAAGAAGAAUGAGUGCAGAGAAUGUGGCUCUUUAAAAACGAGCAUUUCAAAAAUGGUGGAGGACAUAAAGCAUCCUGGAUCAACUCGUAGAGUUAGGGAUUGGGAAAGGGAAAGGGUGGGAUGAAAUCUCAGCCAGCAUGACAGUGUGCCCCUGACCCAAGGCUGUCACCCAGUGGUUCUCGAACCCUAGUGUGUGAAGAAUCACCAGCAGAUUCCCUGGACCCACCCGCUGACACUCCAGAUCAGUAUUCCUGGCCACGACCCCAGCACCUGCAUUUUUAUCAAGCUCCGUGCGGUUUUGAUGCCGAGGUUGGAGCACUGCGCUGGGAGAAAUCCCUUCUACAACAUUCCAGACAGGUUUCCCCAGUCCUUGUCGGGACUCCCAAUACCCUGGGGCAGCCGGUUCCGAGGCUGGACAUCUCAACUGUCAGUGUGAAAUUUGGGAGGCCUCUGGUUUUGUUUUCUUUUUAAUUUAAUCAUUUUAAUUCUUAAUACUUUUCCUUUGUGCUCUUCAGAUCCUGUUCUUGGACUGGACUUUGUGCUUUUUACUGAAGAACUCUGUUGUUUUAACUCAAAGUCCGUUUCUGUUAUCCUUGGGGAGAUCUUCCUUGACCAGGUGUGGGUGGGAUUCCCCUGUUUGUCACGAGGCGCUUGUUGUCACGCGCACCAGCAUCACCAAAGUGACCCUCUGAGACAGAU